UAGUAAUCCAAAAAAGAACCAUUUUCUCCAAAUAUUUCUUCCAUCCAGCUCAAGGAUAAAGAAAAAGGUAGUAAAAUAUUAAAAGAAAGGGAUAUACUUCACCUAAUAAACAUUUCGCCAUUUGUCCUACAUUCACGAAUCGCGCACACACUCUUUCUCUCUCUUCAUUACUGUUCGGUUUCAGUAUUGGUAAUUGAUAAAGCAAUUUACUUUGAGUUUUUUCCAAACAUUUCGACCUUCCCCUAUUUUCGAUCAAUCAAUUAAUAUAAUUAAAUCUUGUAUUCAAUCCAGUCAUGUCUAUCUCCAAUGAUUAGGGUUUCGUACCGUUUAGGGUAUGAUUGAUUUUAAUUCGGAUCUUCCACUGUUGAAUUAGGGUUAUCAAUUUUAUUUUUUGGACAUGCAUAUAGAAGAAUUUGAAGUCGACGAGGUUUGGGAAGCUGAAUCUGAUGAUAAGAAAUCUUUGCUCUAUGAUCAUCAUGAUGAUCGAAAUUGGGAUACCAAGAGGGUGUUAGUUGGAGCUGGUGCUCGUGUACUUUUUUACCCUACUCUGUUUUACAACGUUUUCAGGAACAAAUUUCAAUCAGAGUUUCGUUGGUGGGAUCGGAUUGGUCAGUUUGUGUUGCUAGGCGCUGUUCCGUUCCCCAGCGAUGUUUUGCGAUUGAAAGAGCUGGGUGUUCAUGGAGUGGUUACUCUAAAUGAACCUUAUGAGACUUUGGUCCCUACAUCUCUUUACCAUGCUCAUGGAAUUUAUCACCUUGUGCUUCCUACUAGAGACUAUCUCUUUGCUCCCUCCAUGAUAGAUAUAAGCCAAGCUGUAGACUUCAUUCAUAGAAAUGCAUGUCGUGGGUGGACGACAUAUGUACACUGUAAAGCUGGUCGGGGUCGUAGCACCACAAUCGUGCUGUGUUAUUUGGUGCAACACAAGCAAAUGACCCCUGAAGAGGCUUAUAGCUAUGUGAGAUCCAUCAGGCCAAGAGUUCAACUUGCUGCAUCCCAGUGGCAGGCUGUUAAAGAUUAUUACGAUUUAAAGGUGAAGGGAUGUCAUUCAGGUCCAGGAAACGAGUUAGUAGUUAGAAGCUCAAGACUUCUACCAGUGGGCAACUUGUUCAAAUUUGAUGAUUGCUCUGUGGUGGUGGUAACGAAAUCUGAUCUUGAGGAUUAUGCUUCAAGUCAUCCGAGUGUUGAAGGUACUCAGAUAUUGGCAGAUCUGAAUGUAAUAUACAAGGUACGUGUUGCUGGUCAUGCAGCUCUCGCAAGGCUUUCCUGCUUGUGGCUUCGUUGCCACACACAGCAGAAGAUUGCGGAAGACCAGCUCCUCAGGAAGCAUAGCUGCACAAUCAGGGCGGACCAGACAAGUGAUAACCUUACUGUUGACAUCCAUGUGUAUUAAGAUGAGGAUGGUCCUGUAUUUUCAUCAUAACCGAAGACAUUUGAUACUCUGUUUUACUGUUUCUACCCUGGUAAAUAUGAGAAGGUUAAUAAAUUGGGUUA